CUGGGUUGUCAUGCCUUCACAUCAUGUCGACCGCCUAAAAGGCCUUUUAGAAAGAAUAUCGCGGCUGAAGGGGACUCAGUUAUAGUCGCCUACGGCAAGAGUGAUACGCAACUGAUCCAACUCGUGCGUGGGGCAGUUACACAAAAUAAGUUUGGCGCUCUCAAACAUGACGAGAUCAUCGGCAAGCCCUAUGGCAGCAGAAUCGUUGUGCCGCGAGGUCACGUAUGCAUUCUUGGAUUAGACCCCGUAAUCUGGACCCAGACGCUACCCCACCGAACACAAAUAAUAUACCCGACAGACUCCAGCAUGAUCGUGGGACAACUGGAUCUGGUGCCUGGUUUUCGUGUCCUCGAGGCUGGAACAGGCAGUGGCGCGUUGACACACGCUCUUGCGCAGGCCGUUUGGCCCACCGGUCGAGUGCGCACCUUCGACUUCCAUCGGGAACGAGUGGAACGAGCCAGCGCCGAGUUUGCGCAGCACGGCCUGGAGGAGGUGGUCACUGUCAAGUACCGCGAUGUCCUCACCGACGGCUUCCCGGCCAUUGGCUUGGAGCACAAUCCCGAUGGCUGCCAUGCCAUCAUGAUUGACCUCCCUGAACCCUGGGGUGUUCUUCCCGGUAUUGCGUUAUUUUAUCUUUUAGGCGGACGAGUGUGCAUUUUCUCUCCGUGCAUAGAACAGGUCCAACGGAGCUGCGAGAACCUGCGAACGGCCGGCUUCACGGACAUCGAAGUGGUCGAAUGCGUCUCGAGAAGCUAUGACGUUGUUCACACUUUGUUUAAUGGCACUUAUGUCCACAAAAAGUCUCGGACGGCAAACGACGGCAAUGAGGGUACGAAGGGUGCCGGAUGCGACCGACAUCUCUUUCCUCCACCCACCAAGUACGUGACUUCGACAACACAGCCCUGCGAGAUGAGCAAAGGACACGCUCCUGGACGCCACCAAGAUGGAUCUUGGGAGGCUUUUCCUAGAGUACGCAAUGCUCCUCUUGUUUGA